GGGACGCGAGCCGGUGACUGUGUUCCCGUAAGCGCUGAUCUCCUCAUAUAAACCAAUGAUUCCCACUGUCCUGUUACAGACAGCCGCCCGUGCCACACAUUCCUCCACACGCAUCUUCAUACAACAGGCUAAACGCAUCACCAUCAUGCCGAUACAGGUUGGUGAAAAACUUCCUGAUAUAGAAGUGCAAGAGGGAGACCCAGGGAAUAGCAUCUCAAUGGCUCAACUCUUCAGGGGGAAAACAGGUGUGCUAUUUGGCGUCCCAGGGGCAUUUACUCCUGGAUGUUCAAAGACUCAUCUCCCAGGCUUUAUACAGAAGGCUGGAGAAUUGAGGGCCAAAGGUGUGCAAGAAGUUGCCUGUGUGUCUGUUAAUGAUGUGUUUGUUAUGUCUGCCUGGGGAAAUCAAAAUGGAGCAGACGGUAAGGUGCGGAUGCUGGCUGACCCCAAUGGAGCUUUCACACAGGCUGUGGGUCUCACUCUGAACAAUGAGCAUCUUGCCAAGGUGCUUGGAAAUUUGAGGUCUCAAAGGUAUGUCAUGCUGGUUGAAGAUGGAGUGGUGAAAAAGCUCAGCGUGGAGCCCGACGGGACAGGCCUGACCUGCAGCUUGGCCUCAAACUUUUUGUCUGUGAUUUAAGUUAAAUAUUACAGUUGCUCACCUCUCUUCUUAUAGACCUGAUUGCCCAUUUCUCAUUUCAAAUACAGUAUUCUAGUAAACAUCAACAAAGAACAACACUACAGCGUGUACUGUCGAGAAACCUAUUUGACCUGACUUGUUUACUUGGAGCAAACCAUUCAUAUUUCGAGGGGUGAAAUAUGCCAAUGUUUAGCUGUUUAACGCACAAAUCUUUUUACUGUUACAUGACAUAACCUUUUGUGGUCAUCCCAAUAAAGUUUUCUUUGUGGCUCCAUACA